GGGCCGGGGCCGGUGCGGGGGCCGGGGCCGGUGGUGGUGCCGGUACCGGAGGUGUCCAGCGCUGCCCGGCCCCGCCAUGCCCCGCUCCUUCCUGGUGAAGAAGCUGAAAGCGGAGGCGUUCCCGGCCGCCGGGGCCCCCGCGCCCCCCUACGCCCCCCUGGAGCCCCCCUACACGCUGCCCGGCCCCGCCGCCGGCGAUGGGUACCUCCAGCACUGCCUGGCGCCAGCCGGCUACGACACUGACAAGAAGCAAGGCCUGCCACCACCGCCACCAGACCCAGCCUACGCACCCGGCCACGAGGAGUACAGCGAUCCCGAGAGCCCCCAGUCCAGCUUUUCCGCCCGCUACUUCAAUGGGGAGGCGGCAGUGACAGACAGCUACUCCAUGGAUGCCUUCUUCAUCACGGACGGGCGGUCCCGCCGGCGCAGCGAGAGCCAGCGCCGUGGCAGCCACCGUCACUCCUGCCCCGAGUGCGGCAAGACCUACGCCACCUCCUCCAACCUCAGCCGGCACAAGCAGACCCACCGCAGCCUGGACAGCAAGAUGGCGAGGAAGUGCCCCACCUGCGGGAAGGCGUACGUCUCCAUGCCCGCCCUGGCCAUGCACGUCCUCACCCACAACCUCAAGCACAAGUGCGACGUGUGCGGCAAAGCCUUCAGCCGGCCCUGGCUGCUGCAGGGCCACAUGCGCUCCCACACCGGGGAGAAGCCGUUCGGCUGCUCCCACUGCGGCAAGGCCUUCGCCGACCGCUCCAACCUGCGCGCCCACAUGCAGACCCACUCCGCCUUCAAGCACUACAAGUGCAAGCAGUGUGAGAAGACCUUCGCCCUCAAGUCGUACCUCAACAAGCACUACGAGUCCGCCUGCUUCAAGGGCUCCGAACACAGCUGUGCAAUAGGGAACUAGCCCCCCAACCCUGUGGCACAUCCCCAUUCCCAAUCUCAUCCUUCUACCCAAUCCCCAUCCCCGUCCCCGUCUCAUCCCAUACCCACCCCUAUUCCCCUAUUCAUCCCACCCUGUCUGCAUCCCCAUCCCCAUCCCUAUCCCAUCCUGGUCCCAGUCCCUGUGCCAGCACUCCUGCAGCUGCAGCCAGCUGGUUUGUUGCUGUGCUGAGGCUGGAGGACACAUCCCCCAGACUCAUUCCCUGUCUGCUCCCUGGGAAGGGGGUCCCGCACUGUGGGACCCAGCUCCUUUCCCUGGGUCCCAGAGCCCCCCCGCAGCCAGGCAGGUCUCUCUGCGGGGGACUCACCUGGGGACCUCUUCCAGACCCAGGAGAGACUUUCCUCCCCUAGCUUGUGACUUUCACCUCUAUUUAUUUAAUUUAUUACUAUUAUUUAUUUAGAGCUGCUGUUUCUCUUCCUGGGGGAUCCCAGGGGAGAAAAGACACUUUUUUGCUCCCCACUAGGAGCAAACCCUCCCCUUGACCCUAAUCUUGAUGAGACCAUGGGCUGGUGUUACUGCCAGCUCAGCAGGACUGAUGGCCACUGAAGCUGACAGAGGGCAGGGCUGCCAGUCACUCCUGGAGCCUGGGAUCCCUGCAGCCCACCACACAGGCACCCUGCUGCCCCUCUGCCCCAUGGUACACUGUUCACCCUGGCACUGCAGAUCCACAGCCCUGGAGUCAGGGGAAGAGCCAGGGGAAGAGCCAAGGGGCUUCCAGCAGAGAUCCACAGGACGCGUCCUCCUUUGGCUCCUAGCCCACAGCUUGGCCAGGCACAACUGUCCCCUGCCACGGUGAUGGGGAAUAGCCCCCCCAGGCAGGUGCAGCCCCCCUCACCAUGCAAAGGGCUGGGCUGGCAGCUGGGCUGGAGACCCAGCCCUGGGGCAGGUAGUACCCAAACCCCCAGCCAACCCCCCAUGUGUCCCCAGCCCCUUCUCCAGCCGGCUCCCGGCUCCCUCGCCAUUGCCCCCCACCUGCACUCAGGAGGAGGGGGUCAGAGUAGCUGUAAAGUUUGGGUGAGUCUAUUUAAAUGUUCUUAUUUAUAUUAUUUAUAACUUAUGCUUUUCACUAUUUAUUUGUCAAGACUGGCCGGGCCAUGCCAGCGCUGGCUCGCAGGAGGUGGCAGAGCUGCAGCAGAGCUGCCGUGCCCAGGACACAGCCACGGUGACACGGACGGGGACAGGACCCCGAGAGUGGACCCCCGUGGGACGGGCACGGAGGCAGGAGGGCACGAGCUGGCCCGGCAGCCCAGGCUCCAUGUCCUGCAAGCCUCCCCCUAAGGCAAAGCCCUUCUCCUUUGUCUUCCUUGCUGCCACGGGCUCCUGCUUUGCUCCGUGCCCCGCGCCAGCCCAGUGGGGACAAACCAGCCACUCUAUGCAACCUCCCGGCGGAGCGCCCCCGCACCGGCUCCGGAGCAAGCGCAGCAUUCCGGAGCGGGACCCGACCCACGCCUCCGCUUCCUACCUCGGGCCGCGAGCUGCCACAGCCCCAUCACCGUGUGCCGGUCCCCAGCAUUUCGGGACUCAGCCCGGCACCCCUCGGGGCCGCACUCGCGCACCCCCACACCGUCUUCCUGCGCCGUCUUCCACCCUGCACCGUCUUCCUCCCGCUGCCUCGGUGCCUGUGUUGGUCACGGGUUGAGUGGGGAUGUCCCUGUCAUGGUCCUCACUGCCGUGGCACGGUGACCACAUGUCCACACCCCACAGAGGGGAUGAGCAUCACCCUGGCCACGCGGGCACCCCACCGGGUUUUCCCCACGAUGCCGGCGCCGUGCCGCGGAGCACGGUGUCCUGAGGCCGGCAGGCUUGGAGCACUGCGCCGCUGCCCCUCUCUCCUGUAAAUAGCAGAUACUACAGCAAUAAUUUUCCGUGCAUGAUAGAUUUUUUCUGCCAGGUUUUGUACUCGCCAGCCCCAGUAUGACAAGUCUACUGAGAUCCGGCCACCCGCAGUAUUACUUGUAAUGCAAUUCAGGGAUAUAAAAGGGAUUUCUGCCACUAACCAUGUGUCUUGGGGGAUUUGUUCUGGCGGUGGCGGGUGGCGGCACGCGAGCUGCCAGCCUGCCCAUCCCACGGUGCCCUGUGCCCACUCCUGGGCUGGAGCAUCGUGGAGAGAACUGCCCCAAAUAGAGGGGUGAUGUCCUGGCAGCCUGUUAGGAACGGGUGGCUGAGGCACCCGGAGAAUCCCACACUGCCCACGUAGCCCUACCAGCCCUUCAGCCAGUGGGCAGCAGCCAGACAAACCCCUACCGUGACAAGGAGGG